AUGAGCGCAGAUUCCACAUAUAAGAAGAUGGCUAUCCCCCAAUACACUCUCGAAGAAAUCGCAAAGCACAACACUCCUGACGACCUCUGGAUCAUCAUAUCAGGCUCCGUGUAUGAUGUGACGGCAUAUAUUCAGAAGCAUCCUGGAGGAGUAGAAGCACUUCAUAGUGUAGCAGGAACAGAUGCUACGAAAGGAUUCCGAAAGAACAAAAACCAUCUUCACAUUGCCACCCAGAGAGAUCUUCGGAAUUUCAUGAUAGGAGUGGUAGCUAAACCAGAAAAAGGGAAGUGGUCCUUCGGGCUGGGAUGGCUUUUUGGAAUCAAGCCGGGCGUCACGAAGGGAAGUGGGACAGAGGCGAAGAAAUAA